AUGAUUAGGAUCAGCGCGCGUAGACUGGCCGGGUACCCCAAGGCCUCCUUCCACGAGCAGCAUAUAAAUCCCUUCUCGAAUGUGCAAUGGAAAAGUACCCCCUUCCUCAAGAAGAACAUGCCCAAGACGGAUAUCUUCGCAGAAGAACACGUGUCACAAAAUGCCAUCAGCGUAUUUGACAAGGAGAAGGGAAACUGGUUUGUCAUCGACGCGUAUAAUAAAAGCGUUGGAAGUCUUAGCGUGUGCAUUAGCAAAUUGCUCCAAGGAAAGUACCGAGUCGAUCACAACCCUAACAGAGUAAACAGCAGCAGUGUCAUAGUCGUAAAUGCAAUUCAUGUGAAAUUCUAUGGUCAUACGUGGGACACCAAGGUAUACAAAUUUACCAGAAAGAGUCACUCCAAGGGACCCAAAAUUAUAACCUGUAAAACAGUUUUUGCUAAAAACCCCUCCAUGAUUUUAAACUUAGCUGUUAAGAGAAUGCUGCCAAACAAUCGACUGCGUCAAUUGUAUUACAGGAAGCUCUUUGUCUACCCGGGGGCCAUCCACCCCCACUGGGGAAUACCACAGGUGGUCGUGCCCAAGAAGGACGUGGACCGCGUUGAGGCAAACCAAGUCCUCAAGGCAUUCACAGUCGUCUAA